AUGGACAUCGUCCUCGAAAUCGUUGACACUCUCGUCCUUGACCGUUUAUACUCGACACUUUUCCCGGCCAGUCCCUCAGAAUACAUCUCGCAGAAGUUUAACAACAUCACCUCUUCUACCUUCUCGAGUGUCAGAGAGGGUGCCAGUCCAUCACCUCAGUACAAAUAUAUCUUUGAGCCCGCUUCUCAAAUCAUCAAUUUGGAGCCAACACAUUGGGCCUAUAGUAGCUCAUUGCCACGCGACAACAUAUACAGGCAGGGCGUCAGCCUUUUCCUCAUAGUAUGGCUGUUUGGUGCUCUACUUUAUUUCAUCUGUGCCGGACUCUCCUACGUCUUCAUCUUUGACAAGGACACUGUCAACCACCCAAAGUAUCUCAAGAAUCAGGUCCGCCUGGAGAUUGCUCAAGCCGUCAACGCCCUCCCUGGCAUGUCUCUCCUCACUGCUGCUUGUAUGUUGGCCGAAGUCCGCGGAUAUGCCAAACUCUACGACACGACCUCCGAGGCCCCUUUCGCGGCAUACAACUUUAUUCAGUUCCCAUUCUUCGUCCUGUUCACCGAUUUUCUGAUCUACUGGAUUCACCGCGGGUUGCAUCAUCCUACAGUCUACAAACACCUUCAUAAAGCCCACCACAAAUGGAUUAUGCCCACGCCUUUUGCGUCGCAUGCUUUUCAUCCGCUUGAUGGAUUCUCUCAGUCAAUUCCAUACCAUCUCUUCCCAUUCUUGUUCCCGCUGCAGAAGUUUGCCUACAUUGCUCUAUUCGUUUUCAUCAACAUCUGGACCAUUUUCAUCCACGACGGUGAAUAUUACGCCAACUCGCCUUUCAUAAAUGGUGCAGCUUGCCACACCAUGCAUCAUUUGUACUUUAACUUCAAUUACGGACAAUUCACUACGCUAUGGGACAGGCUGGGUGGAAGUUAUCGAAAGCCCAACGAAGAACUUUUCCGAAGAGAUGCGAAAAUGGGACAGAAAGAGUGGGAGCGACAGACCAAGGAGAUGGAGAAGAUUCAACAAGAAGUUGAAGGGAAGGACGAUCGUACCUACGACAACAAGAAAUCUCAGUGA